UUUAAAUGAUACAAUGUCGUCUUUGCCAGGAACGGUACCGCGGAUGAUGCGCCCGACUCCCGGACAGAACUAUCCCCGCACUGGAUUCCCUCUGGAAGUUUCCACUCCUCUGGGCCAGGGGCGGGUCAACCAGCUCGGAGGGGUCUUCAUUAACGGCCGGCCGCUGCCCAACCACAUCCGACACAAGAUAGUGGAGAUGGCCCACCACGGGAUCCGGCCCUGCGUCAUCUCCCGCCAGCUGCGGGUCUCUCACGGCUGCGUCUCCAAGAUCCUGUGCCGCUACCAGGAGACCGGCUCCAUCCGGCCCGGGGCGAUAGGAGGCAGCAAGCCCAGGCAGGUCGCCACGCCGGAUGUGGAGAAGCGGAUAGAGGAGUACAAGCGGGACAACCCCGGCAUGUUCAGCUGGGAGAUCCGGGACAAGCUGCUGAAGGACGGGGUGUGUGACAGAAGCACGGUCCCUUCAGGUGAGGCUUCCUCUGUGAGUUCGAUCAGCCGUGUACUUCGAGCUCGAUUUGGAAAAAAGGACGAUGAGGACGAGUGUGAUAAAAAGGAUGAAGACGGAGAAAAGAAAAGCAAACACAGCAUCGACGGCAUCCUGGGCGACAAAGGCAGUCGGAUGGAUGAAGUGUCAGACGUGGAGUCGGAGCCUGACCUCCCCCUGAAGAGGAAGCAGCGCAGGAGUCGCACCACGUUCACUGCAGAGCAGCUGGAGGAGCUGGAGAAGGCUUUCGAAAGAACCCACUACCCCGACAUCUACACCAGGGAGGAGCUGGCCCAGAGGACCAAACUCACCGAGGCCAGGGUCCAGGUUUGGUUCAGCAAUCGAAGGGCCAGGUGGCGAAAACAAGCAGGAGCUAAUCAGCUAGCAGCUUUCAACCACCUGUUGCCGGGCGGAUUUCCUCCCACAGGAAUGCCAACACUUCCUACAUACCAGCUGCCAGAGUCUAGCUACCCAACCAACACUCUGUCCCAAGACGGUGGUGGCACAGUUCACCGUCCCCAGCCGUUACCUCCAUCCACCAUGCACCAGAGCGGUCUGUCCAGCACUGACAGCAGCUCUGCCUACGGUUUGGCCUCCAACCGCCAUGGCUUCUCCAGCUACCCUGACUCCUUUAUGAGCUCUGCAGCACCAAGCAACCACGUCAACCCUGUCAGCAACGGACUUUCCCCACAGGUGAUGAGCAUCCUGAGUAACCCCAGCGGUGUAUCCUCACAGCCACAACACGACUUCUCCAUCUCACCGCUCCACAGUGCCUUGGACUCCUCUCCAUCCAACGCCAUCUCAGCCAGCUGCAGCCAGCGUUCAGCUGAGUCCUCCAUUAAGACGGUGGACAGCCUUCCAUCAUCUCAGUCCUACUGCCCCCCCACAUACAGCACCACCAGCUACAGCAUGGACCCAGCUAUGGCUGCUGCCGGCUACCAGUACAGUCAGUAUGGCCAGACGGCUGUGGAUUACUUGGCUAAGAACGUGAGCCUGUCCAGUCAGCGCAGGAUGAAGCUGGCCGACCACUCAGCUGUGCUGGGACUGCUGCAGGUCGAGACUGGCCAGGCCUACUAGCACUCACCGGACAUGCAACAUGACACCUGGUCACCAGCACAACCCACACCUCCUGCUACCAUCCAUACAAAUCUCCCAGAGACUGCGUGUGUGUGUGUGUGUGUUGUACAUUGGGCUGAUUUUAUACUUUAUUUUAUGUAAGUGUUUCUCGAGGGUUUAAGGAUUGAAUGAUGCAGCUGUCCAAGCUUUAAACAUUCCCAAUGGGACCGACCAAAGCCACUGUUAGGAAUAUUGUUUUAUAUUUGUUGUUCAUAUUGCACGACAGCUAUAAACUAGUGAUAUAAACAAUUACUAUGUAAAUCCUGAGCCAAUCAAUUUAGACUGGGUGACCUGCUAUCUAUUUAAAGUAACUAUAUGCAACUUUAAUGUUUCUGAAAUUGUAUAAUUUUUCAUCUGAUGAUCAUAAAUGACCUGUAAAAGCAAACGAGACUAACAGUGAAAAGAACGCUCUUUUUAUAUACAGUAGUUUUUAUUAAUGCAUUUGCGAGGGUCCAAUUUGUCCCGCGAAGUCCCAAAAUGAUUAACGGCAGGUAGACGGCGCUACAGUAACACAUUCUGACAGGUCACAGAUUUCAGUGUAACACCGGUAAAGCCUGUGUUAGUGAGUAUCCAGGUAAAAGGUAGCAGGAAAUUUAAAUAGGCCUAAUUGUAUUUAUCAUUUUAUUUUAGAAGUUAUCUGUUAUACUGGGGCUGUAUCACUCAUAGUAUGAUUUUGUAUGACAUUCUGUCUGAGCAAAACAUUCAUCGCAACUAUAUGACGUCCCGGUAACGCUAACUCAGUGAUACAGGGGUAACACAGCACCAGCCGGCACGCGCUAGAAAAGAUCUUUGAGACAGCAGGUGUGGUAAAAACGCUACUGCUAGAAACAACACAAACCAAAGGUUCCUCAUAGCUACUUUUAAAUAGUUUUACAUAAAAAAACUGCUCUUCUGUGGGUCAGCAAACAACAAUUAACCCAUCCUGUAAUGGUGCAUUCACACUGAAUGGCAAUAUAACUGGUGCCAUAUCUUGGGGUAUCUGGCCACAGACAUACAGACAGACAGACAGACAGACACAGACACAGACAUGUGUUGGCAUCCAUUGUCUCAUUGAAUUGACAUGAAAUACAAUACAAUUGUUAACGUCAAUAACUCCUUUAACACACCUUAUGGGACACACAGCCCGGUUACUCUGCUGAGUCACCUCCAUGAUCUGAUGUUAAGUUUCAUUCAUUGACAUAAGUUUCUGGUUGUGUCAUCAGACAACUGCCCGUGUGAUUUGAUUACAGCUCAGGAAUUUUAGCUCAAAUUUAAGUGUGUUGUACUUCUGACCACUCACAGCAUCACAGAUGGGUGUUCAGAAUUCAAAUGGUGGUCUGCGGAAACAAGACUUUGAGCUGCUGUCUUUAAGAAAUUGCCACCCAAAUAAACAGAUUGGUCCUGGCUUAAUUUUAGUGUUUUAAAUUCUAAACAUUUGUUUCACUUUGAGAAGAAGUGAAACAAAUGGCAAAUGACAAUUUCAGGGCAACCCUAAAUGCAUUGAAUUUUUCAUGUGAAACUUAACUUUAUAGAUAGUGAUUAUCAGGAUAUUGGCCGUUUUAAAAAAGUGUCAGCCUUCAGGAACCCGUGUGUGCGAGUGUGUGUGUGUGUGUGUGUGUGUGUGUGUGUGUGUGUGUGUGUGUGUGUGCGCGUGUGCGUAAGUAUGUGAGGGAGAUAAAACACCUCUGUAGCAGUCUGAUAUGGACUAAUUCAACCAUUCCUAAAGAGAUGCCUCUGUUCUGACACUGCAGUCCCUCUUAUCAACAACAGGAGCUCCUGAAGAGCUAGGCAAUUCUUUUCUCUAGCUUUGGCAAUAGUCAGAGGUCAAACAAAGCCUCGGACUGAUCAGCUGACACUCGGCGUGACCAUCACUCCACACCUGAAUGCAGCCGGACUUUUCUCCAGGCAGCUUGGUACCAAUCGUGACACUUCCUUUCUUCAUUUUCAUUUCUUUUGAUUCCAGUUCAUUUAAUGCUUACUACUUGUAUUUAUCGAUGAAAACAACCACUGGGUUGUUCUAUGACAUGCCAACACCAACUGUUCUAAAAUAUUCUUUGGAUAAGAAAUGGAUUUUGAUGAGUUAUCUGCAAUUGCAAUUGGACUAGUUAACAGUGUUGUUUAAUAUCAUAAGUAACUCUUCAUUCUUGCUAAUUGUGUUCAUUGAGGACAUGUUUUCAUGUCAUCUGCCCAUCUCAACUAAAGUACGGUUUAGGAUGGUUACAGAUGCAAAGUUUGCUAUAGUGCCUAUGUCUGGAAUCCUAAAGUUUUCUCCCAACUCACUGUUGCUGUGUUCAGACGCCAUACAGUUGACGGAUGAGUUUCAACAACAGUGAACAGAGAGGAAAGUUGGGUGUUUCAAAAAAAUCUGCAGUGAAUCAAUUAAUGAAGAUAGCGUAAUCGCUGAAAUAUUGGAUUUCAUUUGCCUCAACUACAGAGAAGAACCAAGCCUUUAUCUGGAACAGGCUUACCUGAGGUCUGUAUUUGUGAUUUCCUAUAAGUAUAUUUUUUAUCAUAUUUCAGUAAAAGAAGCCUCUUUGUUUUCUGA